CAGGAGCUCGUCGCUCAUUGGCUCGCCCUCUGUGGCGCUGGUCUGCGAUUGGUGGGACGCUGUUGGGCCUGGCGCUCCCCGGCCCGCGGCCGCUGGUUUCCAAGCCGCGCAGGGCGUUGCGUGAGGGCUCGAAGUGAGGGCGGCGGCAGGGCUGCGGGUCAGUUCGCGGGAGCUUCGUGGCCGGAGCGCUGGCAAAGGUGGCCGCCACAGGUGACCGAGGUGCUGCGAGGACCGCCGCGGCCCUGUUGAGUUGCAAAAGAUGAGUCGUGGAUAUUCAGAAAACAACAAUUUCCUGAACAAUAACAACCAAAUGGUGUUGGACAUGAUCCUUUAUCCAUUAACUGGAAUCCAUCAGACCAUUAACUGGGAAACUGUGGCAAGGCUUGUACCUGGGUUAACACCCAGAGAGUGCGCAAAAAGGUUUGAGGAACUGAAGAGCAGUGGAAGUUCACCUGUUGACAACCAGUAUAGUCUCCUAAUGGCUGGAGAGAACCCUGUCGAAACUUUGGCAACAUAUAUCAAAUCCUCACUUCUUGAUACACAGGGAGAAUUUCAGGAGACUUCAGUUGGUCAGGAUGCAGUUUCCAAAACAGGAAGACAUAGUAUAGCUUCCACAAGGAAUUGUUCUUCAGAAAGUGAAAAUUGUACUACUCGUAAUGGUGGAGAAAAGACUGAAGAAUCUGAAGGGCCAAACAUGGUGAUCCAUGUAUGUGAUGAAGCAAAAAAUUUGAAAGAAGAUUUUAUUUGCCCACGAGAUCUUUUGAUAUCAGAAAUGAAGUAUUUUGCUGAAUAUUUAUCUAUGGAUGCCCAGCGCUGGGAAGAGGUGGACAUUUCAGUUCAUUGUGACGUUCAGAUUUUCAACUGGUUGAUAAAAUACGUUAAAAGGAACACUAAGGAGAAUAAAGAUUGUGAGAUGCCUACUUUAGAGCCAGGAAAUGCCAUUUCAAUUCUUAUUUCUUCAGAGUUUUUGAAAAUGGAUUCAUUGGUUGAACAAUGUAUUCAGUAUUGCCACAAAAAUAUGAAUGCCAUAGUAGCUACUCCAUGCAACAUGAACUGUAUUAAUGCAAAUCUUCUUACACGUAUAGCUGAUGUGUUCACACACAAUGAGGUUGAUGAUUUAAAGGACAAGAAAGAUAAAUUUAGGAGUAAACUGUUUUGUAAGAAGAUUGAAAGACUAUUUGAUCCUGAAUACUUGAAUCCAGAUUCUCGGAAUAAUGCAGCAACAUUGUACAGGUGCUGUUUGUGUAAGAAACUUUUAACUAAAGAAACAGAAAGAAGAAUUCCUUGCAUUCCUGGAAAAAUCAAUGUGGAUCAACAUGGAAAUAUUGUGUACAUUCACAUAAGAGAUAAGACUUGGGACAUUCAUGAGUAUUUGAAUAGUCUUUUUGAAGAGCUAAAAUCUUGGAGAGAUGUGUAUUGGCGCUUGUGGGGAACAGUCAACUGGCUAACUUGUUCAAGAUGUUGUCAGGUUUUUCUCUGUAUAGAAUUUUCACAUUGUCAGUAUCAUUCAGAAGCAGUGGUUUAUCCUCCUGCAGCAAGUUCGCUGAGUACUGUGGGCACCGGAAUUUAUCCCUGCUGCAACCAAAAGGUUCUUCGGUUUGAUCCUACUCAGCUUAUAAGGGGUUGUAAAGUGAGAGACCACAUGGUUGCUCUUCACGAUCAAGGUGAAGAUGGAGAUUUGCUCUCCUGUCCAACUGCUAGAAUACUGGAUGAUCUGCACAAACACAGAGAUGUCAUUGUUGUGCCUUUUUCUAAAGACACAGUUAGUGAUUCUGGAGUUGGUCCCUGGGAUGAGAAGGGUCUGGACUGUGAUGUUUUACUGGAGCCAAGUACACCAUGGGGCCCCAAAAGUGGGGAGCUCAAUGCUUUUUUAUCACUGAAAAACUGGACUCUGCAGCUGAAACAACAGUCACUAUUUUCAGAAGAAGAAGAAUAUACGACUGGAUCUGAAGUCACUGAAGAUGAAGUUGGAGAUGAAGAAGAAGUGUCCAAGAAACAAAGGAAAAAGGAGAAGCCAAAGAAGUUCACUAAGCAGCCAAAAAAGCAGAUGUCUUCACCCUGUGGUCAGAAGAAAGAAAAGGCAUUGGAGAAGUCAACUUCUAGAGAUGUGUCUCCUUUCAUUGUGAGUAUGCAGAAGAAUAAGUGGGAUGCUUCAAGGUCAUUGAGAUUCAAUCAGGAUGCACAAAGAGAAGAUGAUCAGAGGCGGAUGUCUGAAAUUACAGGGCACCUAAUAAAGAUGAGACUGGGUGAUCUGGAUCGAGUCAAGUCAAAGGAAUCAAAAGAAUUUGCAGGAGGUAUUUAUUCCAGGAUCGAAGCACAAAUCAAGGCCUCAGUGCCAGUCAGUGCGCGGCAGGGAAGCUCAGAGAAAAACUCGAGAUCUAAAAGUCGUUUUGGUCCGGGGCGUCCUGCAUAAAGUACCUUAACAUGUAACCCAAAAGGCCGAAGAAACACUUCCGGACAUCUGAAAUUGCUCUCACCUCUUGAAGAUCUUCAGAACUAUGACUUCUAAAUAUUUUAAGUUAUUUAUUAAUUAUUCUUGUAAACCACAUAAAUCAUAAUGUUAAGGAAAGUGUAUAAUUAGGUCUUAGGAAAUCUAAUUAUAAAUAUGAAACUUCUUAAAUCUAAUUUUCUUUUACUGUGAUGCUAAGCUGUAUGGAAAAUUAGUAUUUACAAAUCAGUUAAGACCCUAAUAUUAAUUUAUUUAUCUGAAAAAGAAGAGGACUAAACUGUGGAGUAGCCUAGAUUUUUUCUGAGACCUUAAAAACUUAGGAGAACAUGCUGGGUGCUGGGUACCAUGCAUGUGCACUUACUACGGUACAUGUUCUGUGAAUUGUGGGGUAGUGUUGAGAACUGCAAUUUGUGUGAUGAAAUUCCCAGUGAUGCUGAUUUGAAGUUUGCAUGGACAUUAAGGAGUGACAGAUCUCAAGACUGCAUUAAAUAAAGUGCAUGGUGAGGUAUUUCCUGUGUUGGGCAGAAGGGUUAAAUUUUUUCAAGUUUAUUCCAUGGAAAGCACAAUGUUAUUCAACUCUUUUUUUCUUUUAGUUUUUAAUGCUUAUCUAUUGGCCUUCUGAGCUGGAAUUACUGAUUAUUAACUCUUUCCUCUGUGAAGCUAGUGCCAUCUGAUAGUUUUAGGAUAGUAGAUCAUUUCAGUUGUAGGAGAUACCCAUUGUAUGGUUCUCAGGGCUCUAAAACCCAACCAUAUUUCUAUAGCCCUUUAAAACAGUUAUAAUUACUUAUUGCUUUAGAACUGUUUACAAGGAAAGAUUCCCAACUUCAUUUGAUGGAUGAAAAAUUGCAUAUAUUCAAGAGAAAUCAAAAUAAAAUUAUAUAGGUCAUAUUCUAAUUUUUCUAACCAAGCAGAAAGAGUGCUCAGGGAACAUUUUUUUUAAACCAUAAGCAUAUAAAAAAUAUAUGUUUAGAAAUUAUUUAUAUAUAGGUCUCUUAAAAUUUUAAGAUGCACUGUUCCUAAUUUAAAUGAAGAUUUGCCUUGUAAUUGAAAUUUCUUCAAGUUGUUUAGAGAACAGACUUUGAUGAUGUGUGACAGAAUAGCAGUUUCUGUUGAAAUGCUGAAGUGUUACACUCAGUAUUACACAUACAGAAAACAUUAUUUUAGUGAAUGUUUUAGUUAGUAAAUUAAGCUAAAUUUUAUUUAUGUUAUAGCUAUGGCUUGGCCAAGGUUUUUGAACUUCUGUUUGGAAACCUUGUUGCAGUUUAUAGAAUUUUUAAUUGAUAUUUUUGAAACAGAUUAUAAAAUUUUUAUUUUUAAAUGAAAGUGUUUUAUAGUACAUGAUCUGUAAGUCCUGCUAAAUACCAAUUCUUGCUUAGUUUACUGUAUUCUCUGAGUUAAAGGACUUAGGUAUAUACAUGUCAUAUAGUGCAGUGAUAGUCAUAACUAGAAAUAGAAAAUAUGCCCUUUUGAUUUUUAACUGAGUGUAACAAGGCAAAUUGCUUCUCCCCAGUGAGAUUGUACCACUGAAUUGAUUUUUACAAACUACAGUUUAUCAGAAUUUGAUUCUCUUCAGAAUGUGCUUUUUUGUUAAUGUCUGUCAUACAUAACAUAGGUACCACAUCAUUUUAUUCAAGCUCUUACAGCAUUUCUUUUGCCACAUACUUUGAGGUUUUACCUUACAUUAAUUCUGAAUUUGCAUAUUUUAAAUGGAAAUAAACAUUAAUGACAAAAGUAGUUUGAAAAGUCCCUUGAUCUGAAUCAUUCCAUUUCCUCAGAAAGGCCUGGAUGAGCUCUAGAUCACAGGUCUUCGUGGAAAAGGUGAAUUUUGUAAAUUGUAAGAUUUUUUUUAAAGAUUUCAUUUAUUUCAUUGAGGAACUAUUGUAAAUCUCACCAUAUCACACCUUUCAGUUAAAAGGCACUGUGACAUCUAGUUAGUCCAGUUCUAAUAAGCUAACUUUCCCGUUCAUUUAAAGCUGGUCAGCUGGGGAAGAUGAUAUGGUAUUAUUGCCGCUCUAUAGGGUUGUUGGGGUAUGAAAUGGCUUACAGAUCUAAAACAAUAGCACAGUACCUUCUGGCUCAUAGUGAGCCCUCCGUAAAGGUUAACUAUUAUUGUUGUUGCAUUGUUAUUUUAAUAUUUAGAAAGUAGACUUAAAUUCAGUAAGAUAAGGGUUUGAUAUCCCUCUUAUGUGACCUGAGUGGCUAAGACUUAGAUAUAUUUGUGUGUGCUUAGUGCAAGAAAGAAGAGAGGCAUUUAAUACUCGGUCGUUGCUAUGGCAUCAUUUGUUACUUUAUUAUUCUAAACAUCUUGCCUAAUUUAGGCAGAGUAAAUAGCAUUUGUAGGAAGAGCUAGAUAGGAAAACUAUUUCCUGAUAUGCGGUAGUGACUUAUGCUAUUUUCAAAGAGGUUUACUGAAGGGGAGAGUGAAGGUUACAACAUAGUCUUACAGCAGCUUUCCAUCUGAGACAUGUCUUUCCUUGAGAAAAUGUAGCGAGUUUUGCUCUUACUACUUGUCAAAUUCAGCUGAUCAGAUCAGAGUUGGUGUGGAAUAGUAGUUGCUACAUGUAUAUGCCUUAUCACUUUUAGUCUCACAAUAAAUCCCCCACAUCUGGUAUUACCUCACUUUGUACUUGGAGAAGUGAAUUCAGAGAGGUAAAGUAACCCACACACUGGGAUUAGAAUCUGGCUGGGCAUAUCAGCACAUUCCAACACCUUCUUGGAACAAUUUUACCUUGAUUUCUGGAAAUAUUCUCACCUGGUUCACUGGCAGCUCCUUCAGAUUGAAAACAAGUGACCCUAGCUCACUUCCUGUAGUUUCAGUCUUAUGUAUCCAGCAGCCUACUUGGUAUUUGUACUUGAAAUACCAGUACGUGUCUCUAACUUAACAUAGUCAAAACAGAACUUGUGAUAUAUCUCCCCAGUACCCCCCACAACGCCCUGUUUGCUCAAGCCCAGUCUUCCCUAGUUUAAUACUAUUGCCCACCCAAGUGCCCAAGCCGACAUCUGGAAAUUAUUUCUUAUCCCUCUUUCCUUCACUCCCCACAUCCAAUUGAUCAGCACAUCCCAUACAUCCAUCCAUUUACUUUUCUUCAUCUCCAUUAGCACCACACCAAGUGAGUAUCUUGUACAGGAAGUGCUGCAAAAUUCGAAGUGAUUUCCCAGCUUCCACUCCAAACCCUGUUAUCUACAAAGCAACCAUAGUGAUUUUGAAAUGUGAAUCAGAUCACACCACUUCCCUGCAAACAUUCUAGUAGCACUCCACCAAACCCAGAAUAAAAUCCAGCCUCCAUUGCUUGGGUUUACAAAGUCCUGCAUGACCUAGCCCCUGGCUGCAUCUCCAGACCUCCUUGCCUACUACAUUCCAGUCACAGUAGCCUACCUGUUCCCCCAGCGUGUAAGCUCAUUCCCACCUUUCAGUCCCUUCACAUUAACUGUUCUCACUGGCUAGGUGGUUUUUUCUUACAAUUCAGAUUUAGGCUAGAUCUCAUUUCCUCUCAGGAGGCAUUUCCACAUACUCAAUCUAAAGUAGCUACCCAAGUCACUCUCAUCCCUUCAUUAUAGUUUGUUUCUGUAUGAAUGUGACAUUAUUACUCUGAUUCUUUAAAUUUGUUGGUUUGCUAUUUGUCUCUCUUACCAGAAAAUGAAAUUAAAUGCAUCCAAAUUGGAAAAGAAGUAAAACUAUAUUCGCAGAUGGCAUGAUCUUAUAGACAGAAAAUCCUGAGAAAUCCAUUAAAAAACUAUUAGACCAUAUCAUUAAGUUCAGCAAGAUUUCAGGAUUCAAGAUGGAUAUACAAAAAUCUACCUAUACAUACUAGCAAUGAAAAAUAUGAACAUAAAAUAAGGAAAACAAUUCUCCUUAUAACAACAUCAAAAAGAAUAAAAACAAUAAAUUUAACAAAAGAAAUGCAGAACAUAUUCUGAAAACUAUAAAACAUCACUGAACGUUUAAAGAAGAGCUAAAUAAAUGGAAAGACUAUUCCAUGUUCAUGGAUCACAAAACUGAAAUGUUCAGAUGGCAUGACUCCUCAUGGUUCCACCACAAUCCCUAACAAUCCCCAGCUGGCUUCUCUGUAGAAAUUGACAAGCCAAUCUUAAAACUCAUGUGGAGACUCAAGGGGCCCCAGAACAGCCAAAACAAUUUUUUAAAAGACCAGAGAGAAUUCACACUUUCUCUUCUAAAAUUUUAACUGUAGAGCUACAGGAAUCAAGACAAUGUAGUAAUAGCAUAAGGAUAUGGAGAGAGAAAGAUAUCAAUGGAACAGAAUUGAGAGUCCAGAAAUAAACCCAUAUAUUUAUGGCCAACU